AUGUUUAAAAGUUUUAUUAGAUCUCCAAGUCCGAUUCGUGUACCUUUAUUACACAGCAAUCGUAGAAUUUCUUCCAAUUCAACAAUAACUUCACUAAAAACAAUUAAAACAACAAAUAACAAUAAGAUAAACAGUCGUUGUUUGCAUCAAAAUGUAAAAAAUAUUAAUACUACAUAUGCAAAUCGAAUUUACAAAAACACCACAUCAUCAAAUUCAAUCUUUAAUACUACACCAAUAGCCCUCUCUUCAUCGAAAAAUUUGAAUUCUUCAAUUCGUCAUCCUUUAUCCACAACCACAAAAAUUUCAUAUCAUUUUUACAAAAUUUUCACAUCAGUUCCUAAAGUUGAUGUUAAAAAAGUACUUGUAGUAGGAUCCGGAGGUCUAUCGAUUGGAUCACAGGCUAUUAAAGCUUUACGUGAAUCCAAUGUACAUACAGUUCUUGUAAACCCCAAUAUUGCCACAAUUCAAACAUCACAUGCUUUAGCAGAUACUGUCUAUUUCUUGCCUGUCACUGUUGAAUAUUUAACCUAUAUUAUUGAACGUGAAAGACCUGAUGGCAUAUUACUUACUUUUGGUGGCCAGACUGGUCUUAAUGUUGGUAUCAAGUUGGAACAAAUGGGUGUUUUGUCAAGAUUGGGUGUGAAAGUUUUGGGUACUCCAAUUCGUACUUUGGAAGUUAGUGAAGAUAGAGAUCUUUUUGCUAAAGCUUUGGCAGAAAUUGAUAUUCCUGUUGCACAAUCCACUGCAGUAAAUACUGUUGAUGAUGCACUUAAAGCAGCUGAAGAAAUUGGAUAUCCAAUAAUUGUUAGAUCUGCAUUUGCACUUGGUGGUCUUGGUUCAGGUUUUGCUAAUACACCUGAGGAAUUACGUAGCUUGUCCACUAAAUCUUUAGCAUUGUCAAAACAAAUCCUUGUAGAGAAGUCCAUGAAGGGUUGGAAAGAAGUUGAAUAUGAGGUGGUUCGUGAUGCUGCAAAUAAUUGUAUUACUGUUUGUAAUAUGGAAAAUUUUGAUCCAUUGGGCAUUCAUACUGGUGACUCAAUUGUGGUUGCUCCAAGCCAAACUUUAAGUGAUCAAGAGUAUCAUAUGCUUCGUACUGCUGCAAUCAAAAUCAUUCGCCACUUGGGUGUUGUUGGUGAAUGUAAUGUACAAUAUGCCUUGAACCCUGAAAGUCUAGAAUACAAAGUUAUUGAAGUUAAUGCUCGUCUUAGUCCCACUGGUUACCCACUUGCAUUUGUUGCUGCAAAAAUUGCCUUGGGUCACACACUUCCUGAACUCCGUAAUGCUGUUACUAAAACAACAACUGCCUGUUUUGAACCUUCUUUAGAUUAUAUUGUAACAAAAAUUCCAAGAUGGGAUUUAAGUAAAUUUCAACAUGUAAGACGUGAAAUUGGUAGUUCAAUGAAGAGUGUUGGUGAAGUAAUGGCUAUUGGUAGAACUUUUGAAGAAAGUUUACAAAAGAUUUGUGUUGGAGAUAAUGAUGAAGGUUCAUCAAAUAAAUUUAUUAACCAAGAUCUUAAUGAUGAUACAUAG